CGGAGCGUAUCCCUGAAGCCUGUUUCAGAAGCAGUCUCCAAGUCUUAGUGGCUAAUGUCGAGGGCAAAGCAAGAGCGUAGCGCGUCGCCUUUCGCAGCCAUGGAAAGUGAAGCUCCUUUGCGCUCAAGCCUUUCAAGGUUGUGUUCCCUUCUCUCCGAACUACAGACUUCUAGAGACACCACGGAUUUGCAAUGCUCACGCAGCACAUGCCUUGAGCUGUUGGGUUCUGUGAGUACCUUCCAUGGCGAUUUGUCAAGCGUGUCCCACUUCAGUGACCUUCGAUCGAAUGCGUAUCAGCACCUGACGUCGUGCCGGUCAACAGACGACAGCGAUAUUCUGCUUCAAACUGGCCAACCUGGACUCCGGAUCAGCUUGAACGAUCCAUCGCGCGGCAUAUCUCUAAGCAAACUAAGAAGUCUGCCACCGUACGAUGAGGUUGUCUGGGAGGAUGACGAGGAGCCUAUCGCCAAGGUGCAGCGUAGUGCCAUUCCAGGAGAAGGUGCUCCAGUUGCCGGUGCCCAGCAGCUGCCGUUUACAGCCUUUUCUGGACCAAGUGAAGCAAUGCCACCAGAUAAGCAUAGCUCUAGCGUUCUUGUGUCGCAAUCAGCAAAGACUCGCAAUAGCUAUGCAUCGAAUCUCAGUGGUCAACCAAAAGGUUCAUUACCUCCACUUCCAAGGCGACCAUCCUACCAACAGGAGCGUAAUCAGCAACGACCUAUCUUGUUGGACGAUGAUGCUUCUGAAGGUUCGGACGAAGAUGUUUCAUGGAAGAAGCCACAUCGGGCCAAUAAACGUUACAAGCAAUCUCGCUUGGUGGCUGAUGAUGAUGUUGAGGAUGUUGAGCCAAGGUUCAAGUCACAGUUUCGUACGGCAAGCGAGAGACUGGCCAUGAACUCCUCAAAGAAAGGGCCUGACAACGCUGCAGCCAAAUCUUCAAGAACCCCGUCCAGGCAGCAUGGUGUGCAUGAUCCAUCAGGGUCGAAAAGAGGUGUUCGUAGCGGUUUUGUUUCUCCUGUUCGGGCAUCACAACAAGCAAAUGGCGGCACUUUGCCACGUCAAGCAGCAUCCAAGGACCCUGGGAUGAACGAGUCAACCUUGAGAUGCUUGGAAGAGCUGCAGGACGAGGACGGACAGCUUCCUGAUACACUGAAGAACAUUGAACCUCGCCUCAUAGAGCAGAUUUGCAAUGAGAUCAUGACACAAGAUACAAAUACACGAUGGAGUGAUAUUGCCGGUCUGGAGCAUGCAAAGCAGUGCGUGACUGAAGUUAUUAUCUGGCCGCUGAAGCGACCUGACUUGUUUCGAGGCACCAGGGCACCGGUUUCUGGGCUUUUGUUGUAUGGACCACCUGGAACAGGCAAGACCUUGAUUGGUAAGGCCAUCGCUGGUGAAACAAAAGCAACAUUCUUCUCUAUAUCUGCCAGCUCCUUGACAAGCAAAUGGAUCGGCGAAGGAGAGAAACUUGUGCGUGCCCUUUUUGGUGUGGCGAGUUGCAAGGAGCCAGCGGUUAUUUUCAUUGAUGAGAUCGAUUCACUUCUAUCGCAGCGCCAAUCAGAAGGCGAGCAUGAGUCCAGCCGCCGGUUGAAGACACAAUUUCUUAUCGAAAUGGAAGGAUGUGGGACGGGAGACCGCCAUGUUCUAGUCAUUGGAGCAACAAAUCGGCCUCAAGAACUUGAUGAAGCUGCAAGGCGGCGCAUGCCCAACCGACUUUACAUACCCCUUCCAAACAAAGCUGCAAGGAAAGAAAUUGUCCGGAACCUUCUUCAAAAGGAUGACAUUCUGGCACUGUCUGAGGCAGACAUGGACGCAAUAGCUGAGGAAGCAGAAGGAUACUCAGGGUCAGACAUGCGGCAUCUUGUUCGAGAAGCAGCUAUGAUGCCAUUGAGAGAAGCUGCUCUUUCUGGUCGGAUUGACAAAAUGGAGAAGGGUGAUAUCAGGCCUGUUGGUCUUCAGGACUUCCGGGAUGCACUGCAAAGGGUCAAUCCUUCUGUGGCUAACAGCGAGUUGAAAGCUUAUGAAGAGUGGACAGCAAAGUUUGGGAGCGGCAACCUUCGUGUCCAGGCACCUUCAUAACUUAAACCAGCUGGAAGAUUUUGUCCAAUGAAGGCAGGAAUAAAACAAGUUCAAUCUUGCACAGCUCUAGCUUGAGGAAGUUGGGAAACUGGUAAACAAGCAUUCGGGGUAAUACUGUCAUUUCUCAUGUUGUUAAAUUAUGUUGAAAGUACAUCAAA